UUUGGAUGUACAGGCAAGAAAAUCAAGCUAGUGUACAUAUAGUCGAAAAAGGGACAAAAUAACAAUCCCCUCACUUCCAAGCGACUCAGCUUUAGUCAUAAGCCUCGCUUGCACCUGCACUCCGUGCGUGCGCGCGAGGGUUAUAUAAGCUAGAUCUAUCCCCCCCACACACUUCCUCCAUCUUCCCGCUUCCUCAUCAUCCGCACUAGAGUUUACCCCACUCUCCUUACAAUACAGCCACAAACUUUCCAAGCCUCAUCUCGAUCGCUCCGUUCCUUGCUUGGCCCAAUCACUCAAAUAACUUCCCCACUUGAUCUGCUUCUCAUCAGCAGCAGACAUACUUAUUUACUUCUUUUGCUGCUCUUCAUCAUCCCGCUCUCUCCUGCUUCUACAGAUUCAGUCCACUCACCGUACUCUUUCACCUGCUCCUCUUCGCCUGUUUGUCGCCGCUUUUUAUAAUCAAUAUAUCCGCGUCAGUUUUCUGGGGGUUGUUUUUCUUACAAAAUCGAUAACGCCAUCGAUUGGUUUUCGAACCGAUUAUCAUUUUCGAAGACCUACACAUUUCCGAAAGAAACACACACACACACUCCGAAAACACGAAAAUCGAAAGAAGACGUAAAAGAGAGUUGAAAGUAAGGGAGAUGAAUGCGAUGUCGACUCUGUCAGGGGCCCUGCCCACGGAAGGAGCGCCGCCGACGACGACGACGGCCAGUCCGACGACCCAACAACCCAGCCGACAUCGCCCGGGCGGGGUCUUUUCGCGCUUCGAGUUGACUGGCAAGGUGGCUGUGAUCAGUGGAGGUGCUCGCGGACUUGGAUAUGAAAUGGCCAGAGGGCUUUGUGAGGCCGGCUUGGCCGGCAUAGCCAUCCUGGACAUCUUACAAGAGUUCGGCGAAAGUGCGAUCAAGGAGUUACAUGCCGACUUCGGAAUUACGGCUUCUUUCUAUAGAGUCGAUGUGAGAGACAACGAUGCGGUCGAAGAAGUGAUCAAUGGCGUCGUUCGCGACUUCGGCUCGGUCGACAUCUUGCUUUGUUCGGCCGGCGUCUCCGAUAAUAUCGCGGCUGAGGAUUACCCUGCCGAUCGAUUCAAACGAGUUAUUGAUAUCAAUCUUAAUGGUGUCUUCUUCUGUGCCCAAAGCUGUGCCAAGCAUAUGAUUUCCUCCGGCCGAGGAGGCUCGAUAAUCUUUAUUGGGUCCAUGAGUGGAAGGAUUGUUAAUUAUCCGCAACCCCAAUGUGCCUAUAAUGCAAGCAAAGCAGCGGUCAUCCAUCUCAUGAAAUCUUUGGCUGCCGAAUGGGCCCCUCAUAAAAUCCGUUGCAACUCGAUCUCCCCGGGCUAUAUGAACACCUUAUUAGUCGAAAAAUUCGAUCCACUCUUGAAGAAAACUUGGUUUGAAAGGACACCGGUUGGAAGAAUGGGACAUGUGUCGGACUUGAACGGAGGCGCAUUGUAUCUAGCCAGCGAUGCGUCUUCCUUUACUACGGGCACCGAUCUCUUGAUUGAUGGUGGUUAUUGCACGUGGUAAAAAAAAAGACCAAUUGGUUCUAUCACUGACAUCAACAGUCCUGGUUUUUUUUCAGUUUACAAACAUAUCUUUCUCUACUUGCACUGCUUUCACUCCACACCUUAUCUUAUCUCUAUUUUUUUUCCUUUUCCAUUCUUCUGCCUCGCUUUUCCUUUUUUUCCCCUUUUUUUUUAGAAUGAUGAAUGAGCAAAAUGUUUUGUAGCUUGAUUUCCAUUUGUUUUUUUUUGUCUGUUAUCCAAAAAAAGAAAUCGUGCCAAGAGUAACUGAGAAGGACAUAGAUAGAAAUGAUAGAUUUUUUUCUUUUUUGGUUAUGGUUGAUGCAGAGCCCCUUUUGAAACAUUGGGUUGAUUGGUUUGGUGUUUUUGUUUUAGUGUGUUCUAUGGUUGGAGGGUGUGUUCCAGUUUCUAGGGUGUGUGUGUGUCUGGGAGACCAUAUAGACUU